AUGGAAGAACAUGAAAAUUCUUCCUCUUCCUCUUCCAAUAGCAGCAGCCACCCUCUUCUUCCUUCUUCUUCUUCUUCUUCGUUCUGCAACAGGAAGGUUUUAAGCACAGAUCUACGGAUAGAAAUGCAAAAUCAAAAUACAGAAAACUUAUUUGUGAAGGUAUAUAUGGAAGGAAUUCCAAUUGGGAGGAAAUUAGAUUUGUUGACUCAAGAUGGCUAUCAGAGUUUGAUAAGAACACUGCAAGAAAUGUUCAGAACCACGAUUAUCAGAGAGUUUCAAUUACAGAUCUACGGCUCAGCUUCUUCAUUUCAGGAAAAUUCUCAUAAUGAGAGCAGCAGCCACCCUCUUAUUCCUUCUUCUUCUUCGUUCUGUAAUAGGAAGGUUUUAAGCACAGAUCUACGGCUUGGAUUGAGAUCUUCAGCUUCUUCAUUUCAGGAAAAUUCUCACUAUGAAAGGUAG